AUGACAUCAGGAAGUAGGUCUAGAUCUCUAUUUCUUUUACUUCAAGCAUUCAUGAACAUUUUGUAUGAUGUCAGUGCUCUGGAAGUAAAAUCAUCAUUCACUUAUCCAAGUGACAAUAUUAAAGGGAGAAGUGCAAUUCUCAACUGUGCCUGGACUACUAGUGGCAGUGAAGAAGCUGGUGUAGUAAAUAUCAAGAAAAAUGACACAAACUAUUUCACAUGCACUGUUUAUAGAACUAACUCAUACUCAUGUCUCAAAGGUUUCCCAACACUUCCAGACAAAUUCACGACAACUGCUAAUGGAGUGGGAAAUAUUUCAAUGAAUAUUGGCAACUUGGAAUGUUUAGAUGAAGGAACAUAUAGCUGUCAAGUUAUUCUGUUUCAACCAACUGGUCUAGUUCAACAAGGAGACACAGUUUUAAGAAUAAAAAUACCUCCAUCAAGUCCAGCAUUAAUUAUUGUCCAGACUGAGAUUGUAGAAAACUCAAACAUUAAUGUCUCAUGCACUGCAACUCUGGGCUAUCCAAACGUUGGGCAGAUUGUUUGGAAAACUUACCAUAAUGGAAUACAAUUUACUCCGUCACCUGAUGACAUUACUAUUAGUAGUACCAAUGUUGUCCUGCCUGGAGAUGACAAAUGUACAGUACGGAAUCGAAGCAGUGUUCUUCUGAAAACCAGCAGAAACAACCCUAAUAUCAGUUUAGCUUGUUUUGUUAUCAAUCUAGAUUUCCCGCCUUCAUCCCAAGACGUCUGCACCAAUCCAACAACCCAGUGGUGUAGCUUGACUAACACUGUCAAUAUUGUUUAUCCAGUAUCCAACAUACAAUCGACCAUAGUGCCAAGCACUGCACUCUAUGAAGGAGAUGACAUAUUCUUAAGAUGUUCUGUUGAAGGAAAUCCUUUACCAACUUUUACUUGGACUAAAGUGGAUGGCAAUAGAACACUGACAAGUGACACCUAUGGAUUAGUCAGUUAUAUGAUAUUAACGAAAUUGAAUCAAACCACUGAUCCUGGCGACUACAUUUGCACAGCUUCCAAUGUAGUGAAAGGUGUGCCCUACAAAAUUUCAAGAACUAUUACACUCAUUAUAAAUAAAGCCACCACAACUAUUUCAUCUACAACAAAAACAACAAACAUAUUAACCUGGACUAUACCAACAACAGAAACUGAACUACCAACUAUUAGUAUAGAAGAUGUUGCUGACACUAACAGUAACACAGGUUCCAUGAUAGCAAUGGGUGUUAUUUUAUCUGCAAUCAUAAUUGUACAGUUUAUUAUCAUCAUCUUUCUGCUGCUUAAACGUCAAGGUAAUCAUCUGACUGAGAACAAAUCGAACAAAAUUGAACAGAAAAAGCAGAAUCCACCAGAAAGAGAAUCCCACCACUAUGAUUAUAUUGAUUAAUUACAUUAUAUAAGUGAUAUUUAAGCUAGGAGAGAGAGAGAGAGAGAGAGAGAGAGAGAGAG